AUGAAAGUGGCUAGAUGGAAUCGAUAAUUAAGCACACAUUCGAAAUCAAAAUACACAAAUAAUAAACAAAAAGAAUUAAAGCCUAAAAAUAUAUUUAUAUGUUAAUUUUUAUCGACUAUAUAUGCAUUAAAGACUAUGGCACGAUCGUUUCCAGCUGAUACAAGAGCUCAAAAAGCCUUGGAAGAACUUUAUGAAAAAGAAACCAUAUCCCAAUUGAAUUGGUUCUUAAAAUGUCAAGAAGCAAAGAAAAAAGUUGGUUCAGCACCGCUGACAGCUUCAGCUAUAAUCGAUGCACCAUUACCCAGUGUUUCAGAUAUAUUAAAAAAGCUGAAAAAACCUCAACAAGAACAGCACAAAGAAUCAGAAGUCAGUGAAUCAAAGGUUUCUGCGGAGAUCACAUCAGCAGAAAGUGGAUACGAUGCAGAACAGAUUAACUUAACAGCUGAACCUGAUAUGCGUAAACCAUCUGAAGAAGUUUUAAAAUUACUAUAUGAAGGUAUUUCACAGGAAGGUAAAGGAAGAUAUCAAUAUCUUCAUAAUCGUUAUAAAGAAAAUGUAGAAGAAAAAUUCCAGUUUCCUGUACUCAGUUCAAUGGAAUAUGGAUGGGGUCAUGCUGAUUUGAUUAGUAAAAUGUCAUCCAAUGCGAAGAGGUUUGGACGUCAAUGUGUUAUUGAAGAAUCAUUUUAUCGACGUACUGGCAUACCAAUUAAACAUGGUUCACAGAUGCUUGGACUAGAUAAAUAUAGUUUUUAAUGUUCUCUACAAAAACUAACUUAUUAUCAUCACCUUGUUUUAAUAUGUUACCUCAAUUUGAAUUAUAUAUCUGUCUAUUUUUGUAAUCAAUUAGCAAAAUUUUAUUAGUAAAGAAGGAAGUUUGAAGAAAUGUAACCCAUACAUAUCAAACAUGUACAUCUUUUGCUAAUAUUUAUAAGAAUUAAAUGAACUACUUUCAAAUUUAUAAGUAGUAUACGUGUAUUUGUAUAAUUUUAUGGUAAUUAAUUUAUGUAUUCACCCUUUUCCAUGUCUAUCAGUCAAAGCGUGUAUCUUCAUAUAGGAUUAAUAAUAAC